AUUUUCUUCACUUAUCGUUUUUUCGUCAUGUCGGGACGCGGCAAGCAGGGAGGCAAGGCUCGCGCCAAGGCUAAGACCCGCUCUUCUCGGGCCGGUCUCCAGUUCCCCGUGGGCCGAGUGCACCGACUGCUCCGCAAGGGCAACUAUGCUGAGCGGGUCGGGGCCGGCGCGCCGGUGUACCUGGCGGCGGUGCUGGAGUACCUGACUGCCGAGAUCCUGGAGCUGGCGGGCAACGCCGCCCGCGACAACAAGAAGACCCGCAUUAUCCCGCGCCACUUGCAGCUGGCCAUCCGCAACGACGAGGAGCUCAACAAGCUGCUGGGCAAAGUGACCAUCGCUCAGGGUGGUGUCCUGCCCAACAUCCAGGCCGUGCUACUGCCCAAGAAGACCGAGAGUCACCACAAGGCCAAAGGCAAAUAAUGUCUCCAUAGAAUCAUUCCAAUACAACGGCUCUUUUCAGAGCCACCUACUAUUUCUGCGGGAGAGUUGGGCCACUGGUUAAACAUUUGGAACGUUUGUUAAGAA